AUGGCCGGAGCAAUUAAUCGUCUGAUUCGGUCUCCUCUACGAACCAAACUCUCCGCUGCAGCUCAGGCUGGUUCCCAUGGAAACUACAUGCCAGCACUUUGCAAUCUGCAAGAUCAUACAGUGAAGGGACUCUCUCAGAGUAAAUGGUAUGGUACAGAGGCAUCUUUGCUGAAGGAUGAUGCUGAUAAAGGAUUCAAGGGACAUGAUAUGUUGGCUCCAUUUACUGCUGGUUGGCAGGCUACAGAUCUGAACCCUCUCGUGAUUGAAAGAUCGGAGGGUUCCUAUGUGUAUGAUAUUAAUGGUAAAAAAUACCUAGAUUCUCUUGCUGGUCUAUGGUGCACUGCUUUAGGAGGAAAUGAGCCUCGGCUUGUGGAAGCUGCUACUAAGCAAUUAAAUACCUUGCCAUUUUACCAUUCCUUUUGGAAUCGUACAACAAAACCCUCACUGGAUCUUGCUAAGGAACUCACUGAGCUGUUCACUGCUUCUAAAAUGUCUAAAGCGUUUUUUACAAAUAGUGGUUCUGAUGCAAAUGACACUCAGGUGAAGCUAGUUUGGUAUUACAAUAAUGCACUUGGAAGGACAGACAAGAAGAAAUUCAUUGCACGGACAAAAUCGUACCAUGGCUCAACGUUAAUAUCUGCAAGUCUUUCUGGUCUUCCUGCUCUACAUCAAAAAUUUGAUCUACCGGCACCGUUUGUAUUGCAUACUGACUGCCCUCAUUAUUGGCGUUACCAUCUGCCAGGUGAGACCGAAGAAGAGUUCUCAACCAGGUUGGCUAAUAAUUUGGAGAAUCUUAUCCUUAAAGAGGGACCAGAGACGAUUGCUGCUUUCAUUGCGGAGCCUGUCAUGGGAGCAGGAGGAGUCAUUCCCCCUCCUGCAACCUAUUUUGAGAAGGUUCAAGCUGUCGUUAAAAAAUACGAUAUUCUAUUUAUUGCUGAUGAGGUAAUAUGCGCAUUUGGAAGGCUCGGGACAAUGUUUGGCUCUGACAAGUAUAACAUCAAACCGGAUCUUGUCACAGUUGCUAAGGCACUUUCUUCGGCAUAUAUGCCAAUUGGAGCUGUUCUUGUAAGCCCUCAAGUAUCGGAUGUCAUACAUUCACAAAGCAAUAAGCUGGGUUCUUUCUCGCAUGGAUUUACUUAUUCUGGGCAUCCUGUGGCAUGUGCCGUUGCUUUGGAAGCAAUCAAGAUUUAUAAGGAGAGAAACAUCCUUGAGCAAGUGAAUAAAAUUGCCCCAAAAUUUCAGGAAGGACUAAAAGCAUUCUCAGACAGUCCAAUAAUUGGAGAGAUUCGUGGGACAGGGUUAAUUCUUGGCACGGAGUUUACUGAUAACAAGUCGCCAAAUGAUCCUUUCCCUCCUGAAUGGGGUGUUGGUGCAUAUUUCGGAGCACAGUGUGAGAAAAACGGCAUGUUAGUACGCGUUGCCGGUGACAACAUAAUGAUGUCUCCGCCAUUUAUCAUGACUCCUGCAGAAAUUGACGAGAUGAUAAGCAUCUACGGGAAGGCACUGAAGGCUACAGAAGAGAGGGUUGCUGAACUGAAGGCGCAGCAUAAAUAG